GUAUGCCUCUCCUGGUUAUUGUUUGCAAGCAUAAGGGAAAGAAAUGAUGAAGGAAAAAGAGAAAACCAUCGCAAUUGUGAAGGUUAUAGACCCUUCCAAGUUGAAACUGUUAUCUGGGAGUAUUUUGGAUGUGUACAGUGAUGAGCAGGGCAUUUCUUCAGCUAAUGCUGGUCUCACAGAUGUUCCUUGUCCAAGUAUUCUACCAAUGAGAAAGGAAAUUGCAGAAACUGACGGUAGAGCUUUGACGAAGGAGAGACAGAAAAAGGACAACCACAACCUCAUUGAAAGAAGAAGAAGGUAUAAUAUUAAUUACCGAAUCAAGGAGCUUGGCACUCUUAUUCCAAAGUCUAAUGAUCCUGAUAUGCGCUGGAACAAAGGGACCAUUCUAAAAGCAUCAGUGGACUACAUCAAGUGGCUACAAAAAGAACAACAGAGAGCCCGGGAGUUAGAACACAGACAGAAGAAAUUAGAGCAUGCCAACCGUCAGCUUAGGCUCCGGAUUCAGGAACUAGAAAUACAAGCACGUGCUCAUGGUCUACCAAUCCUGGCUUCACUCGGCACAGCUGAUGUUGGUACCCACAUCACCAAGCAGCAGACCCAUCCUGAGAAGAACUUAGGAGGCUGUUGCUUACAACUGACUCCAUCUCAGGGGACAAGCCCGGAGUUCUAUGAGCAAGCUGUGGCUUUCUCUGAUCCAUUGUCUCACUUCACAGAUUUAUCCUUUAGUGCCGCUUUGAAAGAGGAACAAAGAUUGGAUGGCAUGCUACUAAGUGAUACAAUAUGCCCCUUUGGGACGGACCCACUACUCUCUGCCAUUUCCCCUGCAGUUUCCAAAGCUAGCAGUCGAAGCAGCCUUAGCUCAGAGGAUGGCGAUGAAUUGUAAGCCUCAAACAGGCUCAAGACAUCAACCAGGAAGCAACUCUCUGCUGGUGCUACUCAAUUGUGAUCUGCCUUUCAUACCUUGCUUUCACUUAACUCUCUGAAAGGAAUUAUAUUGGCCAAGGGGGUGUGUGUGUUUAGAGGUGCUAGAAGAAUUCAUGGGAAGAAGAAACAUGAUGUGAAAGAAUCAUUGAAGAUCACAGUUGUCUACCGAGUUCAGAUUUCCUUACAUUUAUUUUUUUCUGGAAAAUGAUCCAGCUUGAUAACGGCUCUAGUGUUGCUGCUUUCAGAGCAGUGACAUGAUAAGAUAUUGCUGGAGCUAAGGUCCUUCAAAAGACUGCAACAUCCCACUCCCCUCUCACUCACGUCCAAAUCCUGUGUUACUUUCUACAACAUCAUUUUCUGAAGAUUCACGACUAACAAAUCUGGAGAUAAUUUCUUUUCCUUUGUCGGGUGGACAUACUAUGUAUGGUUGAAUCCUUGUCGGGGGAAAAAAAGUAUAAAUUUUUUUUUCAUUUAAACUUGAAACUAAGUCUGUAAUAAACAUGAUUUUUUUUUCAAAAUAGAGCAAAGAAUAUUUUUUAAAACAAUGUUUUCUAAAAUCAUAUUCUCACUCUUUUAAUCAGUUCAAUGAAAUUAACUCUAAACAUCUUGCAGAUUUAUGGACCUGUGGUUUCUUCAGAUACAGCAACACAUUGAGGAAUCCCCUCCAAGACAUGUCCCUGGAUUGUAAUCAUUUUACACAAAUACACAUACAUACAAUGUAGAUAGGAUCGAUUGUUUCUUUCUGCUUCAUUCCUCUGAUGAUCUCAUCAAUGCCAUAAACUAUAGUCACAUUUUUUUUGUUCUUCAAAAUAUGUUGUAUAAUCAAUUUUAGUAAUUAAAAUAUAAAAUAUUCCCAUACUAGGAAAACUUAUCUGGUAUGUAAUAUGUAAUUUAGAUAUGGAUUUAUUAUUCAUAUAGAUAUCAUAAAAUUGAUAAGAUAUUGAAUAUUAGACUACCAACUGAUCAUCUAUAAGAUGGAACUACAUUUUAUUUUAUUCAGAUAUGAUUGGAAUUAUGUUCUUUUUCUCUUGAAAUUGAGAAGACACUGUGGUUUGGCCUUUGUCACCAUUGAGUACAAUGUAAGCAUUUGUAUGUAUAGUACUUCAUUUGUGUUUUUCCUCUUGAAUUUUCUAAACUUUGGGAAUUUUAUUAGUAUACAUGUUGCUUUGCGUGACAUUAUGGCUGGAACACAAUGAAUGAUCAUGAAUCAGUCAAUGUUGGUGACUUAAAUGCUUAAAACUAUACUAUGCCCUGUGAGACUGUUGAACAGUGAGAAAUAUAUAUAAUAUCUGAUUCUUGAGGAGGCAUGUAACAAACCCACACGAAAGCCAAACCGAAAGGUAAAGGGUGUGCAGAAUUAAAAUCUAAUUAUAUGCUGUGAAGUGGAAGUGUACAGAGAUAAUGAAGAAGAUUGCAAAUUUGAGUGGGAAAUGCAUUAUGUACAAUGCACAUGUUAGAAAGAAGGGGGUUAAUAUAGGCACAAAUAUUAACCAAAUUAUCGAAAAAAAUACAUGAUGGAAAUAUCCUCCUGGGACAUUUGUCUGACAAAUUUGUAUACCUUCCUUCAGGUGUUGUAGUGAAAAUUAAGUCUAGACUGCAAUAAUGUAGUAGAGAUGAAACUUGUUACUAGAAUGUAAAGUUAGGUAACAAAAUUUUUAGUUCUUGGUUGAGUUGUUAUCUCUGGAAUGUUCAAACAGGUUUAGGAUUUUGUCCACAAUAUAUCAUCAAAAUCUCUUUGGUUCUUAUGCUAUUGAAAAUUGAUGAAACCCAAGAUCCUUCUGGAUAACAGCAGUCUCUUGCUUACUGUUUAUCAGCUAUGACUCUGGGAUAUUAGAAUAUUUUAUUGUUUGAGAUGGAAAAGCCAUUUAUAAUGUCUAGGAAUGGCAGUUAAAGUCAGGUGGGUUAGUUCUAUUAUUAUUUUAAUAAUAAUGACAAAAGUUUUCCAGAGUUGAUAAUUUGAUUUGACUUUGCAAAUCAAAGGGAAAUAAAUGCUAUAUGUCCCCUGGAAAACAUACUAUUCUAGCUAGAAGAUUAUUUCUUUUGUGUUUCUGCUGUUCCACUUUUUAUUACAUCUAAGGCUUGCAUAGGUGAUAGUGUUGUCCUGACAUAAUUUUCCAUCCUCUAGAGGUAAUACUCCUCGUUCAAAGAACUAAGGUCUCAUAGUAUUGGGUAAAGUAAGGACUUGGCAGAUUGAUCAAGCCUAGAUAUAAGGUUCUGGAGAAACGACUAAUAAAUUUAAUGCUCCAUUUAUAUAAUUUGUGAUUUCAGGGAAUUACAAAGUGGGUAAAGACACCUUUAAGAUAGUGUAGAAUGAUGCUAUGCCAAUCGAUCAAAAGAAUUUUUAAAAAUUUAGACAAUAAUUUUUAAGUUUUCAUGGCAUAGGUGCCUUGAAAGCUUAGUGACAGCUAUUUAUUCUCUUCCUAGAAUAAUGGAGAACUAUGUAUGGACAGUAAUUUGCACACAUAGUAAGUUUGUAGAGCUCCCAAGAAUGUCUCCAUGGAUACCAAGUGAAAGUUUCUGUAUCACAUCUGUAAUUCAUACACAGAUACUUCUCCAUUGGAGCACGUGUGCAACAGCUAAUACCUUAUGUAGUAGAGAGAUUACUUAACACCAUAUUCCACUUCUAAAUCAUUGCUGUUGCAAAGGUAAGUAUGCAUACCAAAUAUAAAAUUACUUGUCAGAAUGCUGCCCAUUCACAAAAUAGUCCACAUAAAAGAAACACCUCUUGCCCCAUAAAUUAUGUCUUGUGUGUUAUAUAUUUAAAAUUGACUUUUUUUGUGAACAUUAGAUUUUGUAUACAUUUUACAAUAAGGUUUGGCAUAACAUAUAAAUUUCAAGUUAAAAAUAACAUAAACUAAAAUAUAAGUUAUUUGAGCGCCUAGGGGUCUUAGAAAGAAUCUUAAGAAAACUGAUUAAUUAAAGAAUAUUGUUGCAGACUGUACCUAAGAGAGAAAAGAAAAUCAUUGUCAAAGAAUCCUAGUACAAAAAGACUGAUUAUCAAACCACUGCUAAUAAACAAGUUGCUAAUCAUGUGAAGAAGUAGUGCAUAAUUUCAAUGAUAACUUUACUUUGGUAAAUGUUUGAUGAUACUGUCCAAGCCACCCUCUAUUUCUAGUUUUCAGCAACCCCUCAUCCAUUUAUGUUGGAUUCCUUCUUGUGAAUUUGCAAUAAUCAGCCUUUUCCAUGUCUCAGUUAUCUAACAAUAAUGACCCCCAAUAAUUAGAUGCAGCUUUCAUUAUUUAAUGCUUGUUCUAUGAAAUCUUUCUUGUAUCAGUUGGAGAACCUGUACCCAGGAUAGACAGUUUACGGUUUCAUCAGUGACCCUGGCUUUCUCUGUAAAAGUAAAAUUAUUUUAAAAAAUACUCAGAUGAUGGAGCCCCUAGAACAGCCUUUCUCUUUUGUGUAGUUUCAUUUGUUCAUGCUCGUAUGCGACUUCGUAAAUAGUGUCAUAGUGUUUUGUUUAAAAAACACACAUCAUGUUUUCCUUGAUUUAGUAUGCCUACUUAUCAAAAGUUUGGGAGAAAUUACAUUUCAUAAAAGAAGAAUCAUUUAUUUUUCCUUUUGUUUAAUAUUGUACAUAAUUCUAGAAUUUUCUUAUCUUUCAUGGUAUUUUGAAAAUACCUUCUUUUCUUGUACUGUUACCAAGGGUUUUUAACAUUUAAAUACAUGAAUGUCAUAACUGAAUGCUGCAAUUUUAGAUGGACAUUUAUUAUUGAUAGGAAGGACAAUAUAAGAUGCCUUAUAAGCCUCAAAAAGAAAUUGAGUUCAUAAAACUUUUCUACAAUAUCUUUAUGCUGCUAUUUUCUUCCCUUAUGACAUCUAGGGUGGGCAUGAAAGCAGAAUCCACUAAUCAUAUUGCUGUUUUAUAAUCAUUAGAUUAACCUGGUUCUGUGGAGACAAGGAAGGCUUGAAUUUGCUUCAGUAUAGAUGAGGGGAAAGUGUAGAGAUGCUACAGAGGCACAUCAUUAGUCCUCCUCCAGUCUGUGCCAGUUCAUGUUUGCUAUAUCAACUGAGGUCAAGGAAACUCCCUGUCCAGAGAUUUCAUCUGUCUGCCAUUAAAUGAGUAUGAGUGCUGAGGUUAUGGAAACUUCUCAUCAUUGUUUAUUGAAACACAGUUUUAUUUGUAUGUUUUUUUAAUUGAAAAAUAUAUUUAAUUGAGGGGGAAGUCCCACAAAGUCUAUCCUUCAGCAGGACCUACUGGCAUAUCCUUGUGAGGACAGCUUAGGAAACUGAAACAGUUGGAACAUUGAGUACAACAUCCAAGAAGGAUCCCAGAUGUCUUUAAGACUUGUCAACAUCGUAAGCUUUUUAUUUGUUGUUGGUGGUAGUUGUUUUAAAAACCUACUUCUCAGUUUCUGUGCCAUGUGCUCUUUUUGUUUUCCUAUGAGUUUCAUGGGCAAUAUGAGUGGAUGAGAAAUUAUCAGAAAAAAAAAAGUUGUUUUGAUGUAAACAAAAUCUUUCUUAGGAUGCAUCUAAUUUGAGGAUAAAAUGCUUUGUCUGCAUUUUAUACAUAAAAGAGAAAUUUGUGUCCUCAUUGAAAGGUUUGAUAUGUGUAUUUGUUAACUGUCAAAUGAUGUCUAUUGUUUCUGCUGAUAAAUUCCUUAAUAAAAUUCCAGUUUUUAAAGCGCAGAAGGAAGGCUGAAAGAAUAAUCAUGACUCAUGAUGAUUUCAAAAUUAUCUUGUCUACUCCUAUGCUUCCUUUGAAGUCAAACAUCCUAUAGUUUUCUACAUAAACAAAUUUUAUACUUUAUUUAAAUACUAUUUUGUGUAACAAAUAAAAUAGUAAAUGA